UGGUGCGCUGUGUCCCUCGGACACAGCGGAUCACCGAUCCAUGGAAAGAGCCGAAGAUGUCGGCUCGGUCAUGUGAUCAGCUGUGUCCAAUCACAGCUGAUCACAUCAGUGUCACCUGUCAGUGUCCAUCAGUGCCAGCUCUCAGUGCUCAUCCAUGCCACCUGCCAGUGCCCAUCAGUGCCACAUUUCAGUGCCCAUCAGUGCCACAUCAAUGCCACAUAUCAGUGCCCAUUGGAGCUGCCUUUCAGUGUCACCCAUCAGUGCCACCUAUCAAUGCCAGUCAGUGCCAACUAUCAGUGCCAGUCAGUGCCACCUAUCAGUGCUGCCAAUCAGUGACACCUAUCAGUGCCAGUCAGUGCCGCCUAUCAGUGGCAGUCAGUGCCGCCUAUCAGUGCCAUAUAUGAGUGUUGCCUUUCAGUGCCCAUCAGUGAUGCCUGUCAAUACCCAUCAGUG